GGCGCGGGGGGAGCCCCGGCGGAGGGGGGGACGGUGCCCGCCAGCCCCCGCCGGAGCGCCCCUGCCGCGGCCUUUGUCUGCGCUGUCACAUGGGCCGCGGUGCGGGAUUUAAGCGGGUCUCCGCAGGACAUGCCGUGAGCGGCGCGCCGCAGCCGUGCCCGCAGCGGCAGCGCUCCGCCCGGCCGGGGAUGCGGCUCUAGCGGCCCCGCGAUGAGCGGCUCCUCCAUGGCGAAGAGCGAGUCCCGCACUUCGCUGCUGAAGGCGGCGGGGAGCCGGCGGGCGGCGGGCGGCCAACCCCAGCCCCGCGGCAGCCGCGUCCGGGACGGCAAAGGACAAGGCGGGCAGACGGGGAGGGAGCCGAGCCAGGAGCCGCUCCCCGGGGAGCCCAGUGCCCGCAGGCCGCUCUGCCACCCGGGCGCCCGGGAGGACGGAGCGAGGGGCGCGGGGAAGCUGUCACAUGGACGGGGGGAGAGCCAGCCCGAGCCGGCGGAAGGAGGUCCAAGGAGAGGCAGUGGCAAGGAACCGGUGCGGACACCCAGGCAGCACCACCACCUCCCGCCGCACACCAGCCACGGUCACCCCCAGGACCAGCAUCAGCUCUCAGACAGGGAUGGGGAGGAGGCAGAGGAGGACUUUUUCUUCAGUCACAAGCAGAGGUCCAGCAGAGAGUCCCUGAAGCUCUCGGAAGGCGCUUCACCUCUGUCCAAAUCCAGCAGCAAGUGCUCCACCAAGUCCAGCGGCAGCGAUCGGUCGGAGGAAGCAGAUCCCCUCAUCCAGCAGCUGCACCCCAUGCUCAGCUCGGUCUUUGGCCAGAUCCGCCAUGACGAGAAGACGAGCUAUAAGGCUGUCCAGACGAGCGAAGAGGGGUCGUCGGCUUGCGAGUACCAGGGUCCGCUCAUGGUGCUGGCCCAGAACUGCGCCGUCAUGCACAACCUGCUGGGGCCAGCAUGCAUCUUCCUGAGGAAGGGCUUCGCAGAAAACAGGCUGCCUGAUAGAGAACUGCGUCCGGAAGAAAUUGAAGAGUUAAGAGAAGCCUUUAAGGAGUUUGAUAAAGACAAGGAUGGGUUUAUUAACUGCAGGGACCUGGGGAACUGCAUGCGGACCAUGGGCUACAUGCCCACUGAGAUGGAGCUAAUAGAGCUCUCCCAGCAGAUCAACAUGAACCUGGGUGGCCAUGUGGAUUUUGAAGAUUUUGUUGAGCUGAUGGGACCAAAGCUGCUGGCAGAGACUGCAGACAUGAUUGGUGUAAAAGAGCUCCGUGAUGCCUUCAGAGAGUUUGACACCAAUGGUGAUGGGGAGAUCAGCACCAGUGAGCUGCGAGAAGCCAUGAAGAAGCUUCUAGGGCAGCAGGUGGGCCACCGGGAUAUCGAGGAGAUCAUCCGAGACGUGGAUCUGAAUGGAGACGGGCGUGUUGAUUUUGAAGAGUUUGUUCGCAUGAUGUCCCGUUGAAGAUUAUUCUCAGCCUAAAGAAGAAUCAGCACCUUAGAGAGGGCAGAAGAGGACCUAGAUGGAGCAUCUAGCCCCGAUGUUCCUACCUGAAGGUUUAUCGGCUGGCUGCAAUUAGGACAUUGCAAGAUGACCUGCUGCUCCUCCCUCAUGGUGGUCCCCAUGCCCCUCCACCCUUUCACACUGUGAAAGACUUGCAACUUCCUACAACUGGAACUAUUCCUUGGAGAUGAUUGCAGGAAACUGCAGAGCCAGGACUUGCCAUGAUGCUUUCAUGGGAUAUUUGCAACUUUAGACUCCUCCUCCCCAGCUUUAUUCUCCCACCAGCUGCUGCAAAGCAAAACCAGGAGAAAUCCUCUUGGCUUGGUGGAUGAGGGCAAAGCCAUUGGGACCGGUGGCAGCCUCAGGGCGUGCUCUGCACUUCUUGGUUUCCCUUGGUGAACCGUGUCUGUGUUUGCUGUCUCUGUGUGUGUGUCUAUCUGUGUGGAGUUAUUUAUGCUUCCCCAGCUCUUAUUUGCAUCUCCUAUGGUUAUGUUUACUAAGAGUAAAUUAAAUACAUGUCUUGCGGGGGGAAAGCGAUAAAGAUGCACGUUGAAAUGAU